CUGCUCACACUUAAGUUUGCAAGUUUGCACGAGACAAGAUACAGCGGCUUUACAGGCGGAAAAGGGUUUGCAGAGUUGUCAGUUGCUGGACAGAGCCACCAGGCGAUGGCUGAUAACAGCAACAGUGCCAGUGGCAACAGCUGGACUCUUCUUACCCCACAGGAGUCUAGAGUUGAGAAUGUGGGUCCAGUAGCUGAAGGAGAGCCAUCCUCUUCAACAGUACCUGAGCCCUUAACAAAGUGCCAUAGUGACCUGGUGCAGCAUUCCUCUGAUGCAGCUGAGCUCCAGCCUCAGACAGAGCCAUCAACCCAGGAGCAAUCUGAUCUAGCUCACACCCAUGCGUCAGAGCAUGCAAAGGGAACUCAGCCUCCAGAGUCACCUCAGGUAGCGCCUCCAGAAACCAGUGAUGAUCGAGCCCAACUAAAUGUCAAUGAGGACUCCACAUCUGUCAGCGGUACUGUUGAGGACCUCAGCUCCUGGACCCCUGACCAUAAGGAACAAAGUGCCCUUACAGGUUACUCAAAGAGCCCAGUUUCUCCCAGCGGUGAUGGCGAUUUGUUCUCUGACUCGUACACGCACAUAAGUCCUAACUCUGGAUCAAACACACUUCCUGCCUCAGUUUGUCAGGGAGGAGAGGAAUUUAAAAUAGAGGAGGAGUCUUAUCUUAGAAAGACCAUAACAGAAGAGUACAAGCCAGAUGUAGAAGUGUUGGAAACAAAAGGGACGGAGGGAGGUGGUUUACGAAAGAGACCAAUAUCCCAAAUGGGCCCUUUGGACCAGGGCAAGACUGAGGAAGAGGAUGAUGAAGAGGGGGAUGAGGAAGAGUUUCAGCCCCCUCAAAAAGUGGAAGAAACAGUCUUUUCUUUGAACAAGUGCAUCCUUGCAGCGGUCAUUCUUCUUGGUCUAGGAACCAUUUUCUUUUCUGGUUUGCUUAUGGACCCGGAUGAUGAAGGGGACAUUGAUGUUAGGGAACUGAAAGAUCCAACAAAUCAGGAGUGGCUGAACCCUGAGGUCUCCAGAGAUACACCUAUAGGUUUUGAGCCUCCUGAUAUUUUAAGCAAACAGGCAAAGGAAGAUCAACGAAUAUUAGUACUACAGGCACAGCUUCAGCAACAUUUAAGUGAACUAAAAGCAGCACAACUUCUGGCAGAGGAGGGAGAGAAAGAGCGUGUGAAGAGAGAAGAGCUGGAGAAAGAGUACCAGAGGAUAAAAGGAGAACUAGACCGACUACCUGCUAUUCAGAAAGAGCUGGAACAAGAGAACGUGAGAAUGAAAGAAGAAAUAGAGCGAGCUAAGAGAGAUCUGGAUGCCCUGCCAUCACUGCACAGAGAACUGGAGCAUCUAAAAGAGACCCUUUCACAGCUCACACAGAGUACAGGACAAGCAGAACCUGUGCAUCCCAUUGCAGCCUCUGAGAUGCCCUCUACUGGUGACAUAAGAGACGUACCACCCAUCGAAAGACAAGAAAUGAAGAUCAAGAAGCAUUGGGAUAAAAAGAGUAGGGAGAAAGAACAAAUCAGGGGAGAAAAAGAAGAAAAAAAGAGAAAAGGUGGAAAAAAAGAAGACAAACAUAUGAAGAAUCCGAAAGAUUGGAAAAAAGAUAAAAGCAACCAAGAGCAAGGCAAAGCAUGGAAGAGCAAAGAUGAGAGAAAAGAGUGGCAAGAUGAAAAAGAGUUGAAGAAGGACAAAAAACAGGAGGAUAGUAAAACAGUAAAAGAAAAUGGAAAAAAGAAAGCUUUGAAAGAGUGGGAGGAGAAAAAAAAUUGGAAAGAAGAUAAAAAGAGGAUAAAAGACAAACAUGGAGGACAGAAUGAAAGGAGAGUAGAGAAGAAGGAAUGGAAAGAGGCUGGGUACAAGAAAGUGAAAGAGGUAAAAGAAUGGAAACAAAGAGGGGAGCGAAAAAAUGAGAAAGAAGAGAAAGAAUGGAAGCCGAGAGGGGAGCAAAAAGAUUGGAAAGAGGACAAAGAAUGGAAAAACGAUAAAGAGAGUGGCCGCAAUGACCAAAAAGAAAGGAAAGAAUGGAAAGAGAAAGAUGAAUGGAAAGGUGAAAAGGAGUGGGGAAAAGGAAAGGGUGAGGGAAAAGUCAAUGAGAAAACAAAGAAAAAAUGGAAAUUAGAUGGAGAAUUUCCCAAAAUGUAUGCAGGAAAGGAAACACAGAAAAAGCAUUCGGAAAAGAGAGGGAAAGAGAAGGAGUGGUCCAAAGAUGGUGCGUGGAAAAGAGAGGGAAUAAAAGAAGAGAAAAAGAGCAAGGCAUGCUACCACAAAAAUGAGGGGAAGAAUUGUCACAAUGAAAAGGAGGAACCACACAAGGAUGAAAAGGAAUUGAGCAAUACGGAGAGACACAGGCAUGGACCAACAGAUGAGACUUCCAACCAUUACCAUAAUGACCGUGAGAUCUACUGGGGAGAACAGAGGAGGAGAAUACAGCACUAUCAUGGGCAGAGGGAGACAUGCAGUGGUGUAGCAGACUGCGCUCGAGCGGAAGGGCUUGCUCCAGUCAGCCUUCGUGACUUUGAGAUGCUUCUCCAGAACUACCUGGCCAAGCUCCCAGAUCCAGAGGACCAAAUGUCCAAGAAAGAAGAGCUUAGUAAAUUUGUGAAGGAGUUCUUUACGGAUGGUGUGUUUGCUCAUGAUCAGAUGCCAUUCAGUGAGUUUGUGGAAGAUGUGGGAGACAUUUUGGAGGACAUGGCUGAAGGAGAGGAGAGCGAGUUAGAGGACAGUGAGGAAGACAACGAUGAGAUGGAGGAAUUUGAAAGGGACGCGAUGGAGAAAUUUGCACUACCAAAGGUAGUGGGGAAGGUCGAGAAGAAGGGAGAGAGGAAGAAAGAGAGUGGAAGAGUGAAAAAUUGAAGGUUCCUGAGUUAUUGAAACAACACCUAGACACAUUAUGUCCUGACAUUUGGCUUUGUAACAUAACAGAGCAUGUUGCAUAUACAUAUUGAUCAUGUGUUUAAUACACCAAUAAGGCUGUGUUUUUGUUUUAAACAAAGCACUACUAAUAUAACCAAUGGCUUCAUAAAUAUUGUCCUUUCUCAAAACAUAGCAGCUGUUCAUGCUCUCAUUUCCUUGCUUUUAUUUGAAAAUGUUACUUAACCUGUUAAUUUGACCAUUAAUAAAGAUGAUGCAUUGAGAGUCAGCUAUUUUCAGUCAUCUACAGAUCAGAAACAGAUACUCACAGAGUGAAUGGAGUCAGGGGCAAUAUCAAAUCGUUUUCUUGGAACUGAUCUGCCUAUGUCAACUUCGGUAGUUUUACAUGCUUUGUUAUGUUUAAAAUGUCACCCACAAAUGUAAUAUGUACUUGUCAGGUGUUAUUUAUCUGAAGAAUGUUGUUCAAUGUUGAGAUUGAAAGUUCCAGUACAAACUUUUAUGAUCCAGGCUAAUAUGUAUUGGUACUCUCAUUUCUCUAAUCCUAAAAAUAGUCACGUAACGGUGACAUGUAGAGUCUCCAGAAUUAAUAUGGUUUAAUCUUAUACUUGGCUUAAACUUUGUGGACAAUACUGAACAGAGUUGUUUUGAGAGACUGUGUUAAAGUUUUUAUUAAUGUUCAUAAUCUUAUUGUGAUAAUAAUCCUAAAUUAUUUUGUUCCUUGUCAGGGUUAGGACUCCCUGCCUAAAUUGUUUGAUUUUUGAGGUUCACUAUUAUUUGUAUUUAAUGGAGGAUAUCUUUAGUAAAUAACAUAUAUUGUUUUGACCUUUUUAAUUGCUAAAAAGUGUUGCUUUAGCCAACAAAAUAUUCUUUAAAAAUGCAUUUCAUCUUAUUUUACAUGUAAUUCAUUAAAUUGAGUAAAGAGUAUUUUAAUUGUA